UCAAAGCAGGGCAGAGACACAAGCUGUAGCAUUUCCAUAAGAAGCUUAGUUGCAAUCCUCUUCAGUGCAAAACUCAACUCACUUCCUACGGGACAAAUAACUUGCUUGACAUACAGAAACGUAACCCGCCCAAAAAAAUCUCCUCUCAGGCAGGUGUGCGAUCAACAGUGCAGUCAUGUGUGACCAGACAUUUGUGGCGGCCACCUUUGGCCCUUGUGAGAGCUGCAAUAAGGCCAGCCCACUCAUAAACAUCUACAUCAAGACAGAGCCCAUCAACUACUGCUCCUUCUGCGUGGAGAAGAUGGCUUGUCAAGGGCUCCAGGCGGGGGAAAGUCUGGCCUCGCUCAAGAGGGAAAGCGCAAAUUUAAAGAAGAAGUUGGAUGAGGAGAGGAACAAGCUCAACGACGUCGAGUUAAGCAAGGUGGCAGAGAAGGUGGAGGUGUUGUCAUCUCUGUCCAUCAAGACCAGACGUGUGCUCAAGGGUCACAACAACAAAGUGUUGUGCAUGGACUGGUGCAAAGACAAGCGGCGUAUGGUCAGCUCUUCGCAGGAGGGUAGAGUAAUUGUGUGGGAUGCAUUCACUCUCAAUAAGGAGCAUGCCAUGAGCCUGCCGUGCACAUGGGUGAUGGCGUGUGCGUACGCUCCCUCAGGUUGUGCGGUAGCGUGCGGAGGUCUGGACAACAAAUGUUGUGUGUUCCCUCUCUCGAUGGACCCGAACGAGAACCCAAUGGCGAAGAAGAAGACUGUGGCCAUGCACACCAACUACCUGUCAGCAUGCACCUUCACCAACUCCGACAUGCAGCUCCUUACAAGCAGCGGUGAUGGCACAUGUGCUCUGUGGGACGUGGAGAGUGCUCAGCUGCUGCAGAGCUUCCAUGGUCACACUGCGGACGUCUUGUCGCUGGACCUCGCCCCCUCAGAGACCGGCAACACUUUUGUCUCCGGCGGCUGUGAUAAGAAGGCCAACGUGUGGGACAUGCGUUCUGGUCAGAACAUCCAGUCCUUUGAGAACCACCAGUCUGACAUCAACUGUGUCAAGUACUACCCCAGCGGAGAUGCGUUUGCAUCUGCCUCUGAUGACGCCACGUGUCGCUUCUACGAUUUACGUGCUGACCGCGAAGUGGCUGUCUACCAGAAAGACAGCAUCAUCUUCGGAGCAUCUACCGUGGACUUUUCCCUCAGUGGUCGCCUGCUCUUUGCCGGCUACAACGACUACACCAUAAACGUGUGGGAUGUUCUAAAGGGAACUCGCAUUUCCACAAUGUAUGGUCACGAGAACCGCGUCAGCAGAGUCCGAUUGUCACCGGACGGCACGGCGCUCUGCUCUGCCUCUUGGGAUAACACCUUAAGGAUUUGGGCCUAGUCUCGACGUGCGAUGAUCUGGAAUCAACAGAAGUGUUUAAACCAUCCUUCAGCAGGACAAAGACACAAGCCCAAUAAAUAAAAACCUUCAAUGAGAUGAUAAUCUGAAAAACAUGUUAAAAAAACAUCAUAAAUGUUAGGGUAUUUCUUUUAACACUAAGUGGCCGUGGUGUAUUAUUCUCAUAGCUGGGUGAUGUCACUGACAAUCAGUUUAAUGUGUGAAGUGACAAGAGACUCAUUUCAAACGCAGAUGGCUUUGUCCAUGAAUACAGUAGACUGUAUUGUCUGAGAAUGAAACUGGAAGGACAGCAAUUUGUCAUGAAUUAGAUUUAUUCUAAUUCGAGCACUGUCUUGGUUGUAAUUUUUCUGCAUUGUACCUUAUUUGAAUUGACUAAACCUCCAAUCGGCAUUAAACACAAUUGCAUCACCAAUGUGUGGCAUUCAAAUGUGUGUAAUUAAAUACAUGACUCAAUAUAAACUCCCAACAGUAUUUGGGAGAAGCAAAAGUGGAGAUUGGAUAAAGAAUAAAAAUUGUAUGGCCAUUUAAAGGGGAUGUCAACCCCAAAAUAUCUCUAGAGUUGUAUGUUCUAUGCGUGAAUCUAAACGCAGUAUUCUGAUUAAUAUUGUGUUUGUGGAAUGUUAAUCAAAAUACCGUCUUUAGACUUGUGAGGCUGCAUUGAACUUUUUGUCAAGAAAAUGUUGUGCUGGAGCCUAUCCCAGCUGUCUCUGGGCAGCAGGGAGGGAGCACCCUGAACUGGUUCCUCACACCUCAGGACAAUUUGGACUGAUCAAUACACCUAUGGUACCAUGCAUGUUUUUAGAAUGUGGGAUCCAUCUACUGUACAUAUAUUUUUAAAAGAACAUGAGCAACCUAUGAGCGUGCAUGUUGGGGGAAAAAACGGCUUUUGUUUGAGUCAACGGGCCACAAGACCUGAUAUUGACCCUUUAAUCAGUGACACGUCUUGAAUUUGUUACAGAACAGGUUUAAAGGUCUUGAGAAUAUUGAUAGGCUGGUUUUCUACCAUUAAAAAAAUACAGAACUGUCUGAAGGAAUCUCUGUUUCACCAGUUUGACUCACAAUUUCACUGCGUGUCGAAUGAAUAUUAGGUGGGAAAGUACCUCGUGUUAGGGACACAUGAAGGAAUUCCAGUGUAAAAAGGCAAAAUAAAAUAACAGCAGAUGCAUUAAACU